GCCUUUUGAAUUGUUGAGAUUGGGACUAAAAGUUUUAUUUUUCAUGAUCUAAUAACAUUCACCGCUGAGGUAACAAAAGCUAUGGCCUCCAAGCUGCUUUUGCGAAGAAGGCUCUUGCAACUGUCAAAACCCUCCUUACUCUCUUCUUCUUCUUCUUCUUCUUCUUCGAUUCAUGGAGCACGAUUCCUUUCUGUAAAAGCAUCAGAAAUCGUGGGUCUUUUCAAGGAGAAUGCCCAUCUUCCUCCUCUCUCAACUUCUUCUAGAAGCUUCUGCUCUCGCAGUUCGAAUCUUCUUGAUGAAUCUCAAGCCCCCACGACUAUUGAUUACCGUUCUCUACUGCAGGAGGAUGAAUUCCACAGACUGGCUGAUUCCACAAUACAUAGCCUACAAGAGAAAUUGGAGGACUAUGGAGACUCUGUUGAAAUUGACGGAUUUGACAUAGACUAUGCGAAUGAUGUCUUGACUGUAAAACUUGGUGAUCUGGGCACCUAUGUAUUGAACAAACAAACACCAAAUAGACAACUUUGGCUCUCUUCUCCAGUGAGUGGUCCUUCAAGAUUUGAUUGGGAUCAGGAUACUAAAACUUGGAUUUAUAGGCGGAACAAAACAAAAUUGUAUAAAAUUUUAGAAGUUGAGUUGGAGCAGUUGUGUGAUCAACCUAUUGUUCUUUCCUAAGCUGAUGAGAAGGUGCCCUCUAAUUUUGAUUUUUGUUUAGAAGACAAAUAAUUAUUGAUGGGGCUUUUGGAACAUGUAUUUUAAGCAUUUGUAUUUUUUUUGUCAUUCCUUUGCAACCUUUUAUCUUACUGUAUCAGAUAUAUCUCUUCUUUUUCAGUCAUGAAAUGAUUGUAUCUUCUAAAUAAUCAACUAACAGAAUUAUUCAUGAGGAAACAACUU